AUUUUUAGAUCGGUGGAGUAGUGCACUGAAGUAAAUAUUUACUUUUUACGUCCGAAUUGUUGUAUUUUAGAAGUUGUUGUGGACAUUUGAAGAGGUAAGAGAUCCAGCAGAUCAGCCAUCAUCAGAGGUGUUUACCAAGGACUUCUGCCAUAUUGGGAUACCGCAGAACGAAACCAGUUAUUCCAAGAUGUUACACAGGUCACAUUGAGACUGGAAGCAGAUCCCUACCAUGUUUAUUCAGCCGCAGACAUUCUGAAGGAAGUAUUAAGAGAAAAGUUAGAAUCGACAGAAGAAAAGGGUAGUGUAGACGAUGUAUACCAAACCAUGCGGUCUUUGAAAACAAUUGGUGCCAACGAUUUAAGGAAAUGUACAUCAGGAUUACUUCAACAGUCUUGUGGUAGUAUCCGCGGUCAGCUUUAUUGUAACUAUGUUAAACAACUGUCCACAGUUCCUGUGUGUAGCAGUGCCUAUUUCUCCACCCAACUCUGGGAUAGAUGUUGCAACGCCCCGACCACCUCUAUACCACAGUCUCCAUAUCCGUUACCAGCACUAACUACAACUACAACACCUACCACAACUACAAUAACAACAACGCCUACUACAACUACAAUAACAACAACAACCCCAGCACCGGUUAAAGCAUGUGGGAUCAGCACAAAGAAUCCGGCUUCAAAGUAUGCGGACUUCGCGAACACUUUAAGACAAUUCCGCAUUGUUGGUGGGGCUAAUGCCGAAGUUUGUGAAUAUCCUUGGAUGGUCAGACUCCAAAUGGGAAACAACCUUUGUGGAGGAACAAUUAUUGACGAAACUCACGUAAUGACAGCUGGACAUUGUGUAGGGUUUCUCAAACCCGAAGAUAUGACAGUCUAUGUAGGGGAAUAUAAUUAUAAUAUACAGGAAUCACAAGAUCAACAAGUUGGAGUGACUGCUGUCAAUUUACACCCGGAUUAUAGGGAAGUUCCUCCUGCUGCAGCAGAAAAUGAUAUUGCCAUAUUGACUAUGGAUAGACCACUUACAUACAGUGAUUGUGUUCAGCCUAUUUGUUUAGCUCAACCUGGUGACAGUGCUUCACUCGAUAAUGCUCAAUGUACAACGAUUGGGUGGGGAAGAACUGCAUAUAAUGGAAAUCCUUCUCCUAUAUUGCAAAAAGUAACCAUGCCAACCUACAGUGGUGCUCUCUGUGAUGCCCAGUUUCCAAAUACAACACCAACUAAUCCAAAUGUUCAGAUAUGUGCCGGUAGACCGGCAGGUGGUGCUGAUAGUUGUCAGGGAGAUUCUGGUGGACCAUUAUUCUGCCCAGUAGAUGGUAAAUAUGUACAAUAUGGAAUUGUAUCGUAUGGUGAUAAUUGUGCACUGAGUGGUAAUGCUGGUGUUUACACCGACAUCGGUGAAAUGACAAAUUUUAUCAACAGUGUUAUUUAG